UUCGUCUACGAGUGGUUUACAAUCUUGUACGAUAACACAACACUUAAGAUGCUCCUUAUCUCAGGCAGAGUAACGACUCAUAGAUAUCUUAUGGUUCAGUAGAAUGACUAACAGUUGCCAGUAGUUGGUCCUAGUGAACACGGCAGAAAUGUGUCGUUUACUACUGACAGUAGCAUUAACAUGCGUGCUAUACACGAGCGUGUACACAACAGACACAAACUACCGACUGAACACGCCACUAAUACCAUCAGAGUACCAGCUCUUGAUAACACCAUACUUUGAAACUGGAGACGCAAGACAAUUCACCUUUGAUGGCACUGUUAGCAUACAAUUUACUCCAAGUUCCAGCACGAACGAAAUCAAAUUGCACUCUGAAGACCUAAUCUUCACUGCCCAAGAUGUUGCUGUAGCUGUAUUUAGUACUGGGGUUACAAUACCUCUAAAUGCUGCCAACCCCAUAGAGUUCAACAAAAACUACACUUUUGCUUACAUCAACUUGUCCGAGAACUUGCAAACUGGAGUGCAAUAUAUUCUGCAGAUCAAGUACCAAGGACCUAUUAGAACAGAUCUGAAUGGUUUCUACAGGAACUACUAUUUCCAGAAUGGUGUCAAAAAAUGGCUCGGUGCAACUCAAAUGGAACCAACUCACGCAAGGAAGGUGUUCCCUUGCUUCGAUGAGCCGGAACUUAAAGCGACAUUCGUAAUUGGGAUUGAUCGUCCUGCCGACUACCAACCUUCUUUAUCCAAUACUGAUAUAGAACGAAGAGAACUAUUGGCCAAUGGCUACAUACGAGAAGUAUUCUACCGAACCCCGAGAAUGUCAACCUACCUGGUUGCUUUCCUGGUCUCCGAGUUUGAAGCAGCUGCCUCCAGCCUCGAUGGGACAAAUGAGUUUGGAAUCUAUACCCGACCUGACGCAAAGAAUCAGAGUGACUAUGCAUUUGAUUUUGGAAAGAAAGUUGUGGACGCUUUGAGCAGCUAUUUUGGCAUUAACUACUACUCAACAAACAGUCAUUUGAGACUUGACCAUGUUGCAUUGAUAGAUUUUAGAGCUGGUGCUAUGGAAAAUUGGGGUCUCAUUAAAUAUAGAGAAUCCCUGCUUCUAUACGUCCCUGGUCAAUCAACCCCGUACUUCAAAUACCGAGUGGCACAGAUCAUGGCGCAUGAGACCACACACAUGUGGUUUGGAAAUCUGGUGACCUGUCAUUGGUGGAGCAACACCUGGCUGAAUGAAGGCUUUGCUAAUUACUUCCAGGACUACAUCACUUCGUUUGUGGAUCCUUCCGUUGGAGCAGGGAACCAGUUAGUCAUAGGAUCUGUCUACAGUGCAUACGACGCUGACAACAGUCCAACUUCACCACCAAUCACGAACAACGCCGUCAACUCUCCUGCAGAAAUCAGCGGCCAUUUCGGAACCAUCACCUAUCAGAAAGCUGGUUCUGUAAUCCGUAUGAUGCAUCACCUUAUUCAGGACGAGGCAUUCAAAUAUGGACUUAAUUAUUACUUGACUAUUAACUCAUUUAAUCCUGGUUACCCAGAUAAGUUGUAUGAAGGUCUUCAUCAAGGAGUGCAGAGAUAUAAUGCGUUGUCAUCCUUCCCUGGUCAUAACAUCUCUGACGUCAUGAAUUCUUGGAUCUCUCAGGCUGGCCACCCGGUGGUAAAAGUGACAAUUGAUUACAGUACAAACGUUGUUACUUUGACCCAAAAACGCUACUACGUGAAUUCUUCCAUAUCAUCGAAUGAGACGUACAAGAUUCCUAUCACGUAUACCACAGGAAUGGCACCAGACUUCGAAAACACUAGGCCAGUGUUCAUCAUGGAAGACCAGACAUUUACACUCACGAUCUCCAACCUUAGUAGGGAACAUAGCUGGGUCAUCUUCAAUCUGCAAGAAACAGGUGAGAAAAACAAAAACAUUUGUCUAAAUUUAAACAUCACACUGAAUCGUGCUAAGAUUAUAAACGAUCUCUUCGCCCUGGUUUACGCUGAUGAAGUCUCGUUUUCAACACUCUCCAGUGCUUUAGACUACCUACCAUCAGAACCGGAGUACCCUGGCUGGUUCGCAGCGUUGAGAGGAUUUAGCAAAAUAUGGCAUUUCUACUUAGGAGAUAGUGAAGUGCUACCACAUGUUGAGCAUUUCAUACUGCACCACUUGGAGUCUGGUAUAACAAGAUUAGGUUACGAAGAAAGGACCACGGACAGUCUUGAAGACCAGAGGAAUCGCAUGCAAAUUCUGGAGUUUGCUUGCAAAUUGGAGCAUAGUGGAUGUGUAGAGAGGACUGUAGCGUUAUUCAGGGCUUUGAAGGAAAAUGGCACUGAAGUUGCAGCAAGCUUGCGGCCAGUGGUGUACUGCACUGGUCUUCGCCAUGGAUCUGCCGAAGACUACGACUUCCUCUGGAACCGCAUGGUGAACACCAACCUGGCGAAUGAGGUCUGGGUUAUUGGAGAUGCUCUUGGAUGUACUUCUGAUGAAAACAGAAUCAGAAGUUUCUUGACAUCAAUGACAGUGGAAAAUAGUCCCAUAAAGACUCAAGACUUGACGGUUCCAUUGACGAGUGUACUCAGGACGUAUGGCAACCGACACAUCGUAAUGGAUGCCUUGAAAUCUAACUAUACAUUGUGGAGCUCAAUAUACCCAUCAAUGGAUACUGUGUUGAAUACAGUUGCAUCAGCUCUUCACACUGAAGCUGAUUUCAAUGAGUUCGAAUCGUUCCUGUCGGAGUGCACUGCCUGCACAGAAGCUACGAAGACAUCUGCCCGCAAUGCUCUAGAGCAGGCACGAGCCAUCACUGAUUGGGCAAACAGCCACAAGGCAGACAUAUUGAAAGUGAUCAGAAGUAAUUCCAUCAUGGCGUCUCCAUCUGUCAUUCUAAUGAUAUUAGGGUUGGCCAUACUCAUUUUUAAAGAGUUUUAAUUAAUGUGAUAAUAAUUAUUGUUAUUAUUUAAAUAUGUAUAUAAGGUAUUUUCCCAGGUUUGCGACACAAAACACAAUUGAGUUUCUUUGUUGUUAAGAAACAACAUUUAAUGUUUAUUAUUGUGUCGUUUAUCGAUAUUCAUUUUAUACACAAUGACAGUUACUUUUUUCAUGACGUCCAUAAUAAACUUAAACUCCUCUCCACCAAAGAGUAAACUUAAACGUAGGUAAUAACUAAAAACACUUAAAAACUCUAAUUAAUGAAAAAUAUAGUUUUCAUUACAUCUCCCCUCCAAAGAGAAAAUAAAAUAAUGAGCGUCAUUAUAGAUACUCUUCAGGUGCAGUCGGGGGCUGGCGUUAGUUUUGAGAUGUGGAAAAAAUUUGACUCUGACUUCCUAUGAUCAGUGUUUACCCUGUAAAUAGACUUUGAUAUUUUUUCUAUAAUUUUGUAAGGUCCAAGUUUUAAUUCUUCAAGCUUCUUCCUAUUAAGUCUGUUUCCAUUCUCCACAAAAACGGUAUCACCAAUUUUGAAGUCUAUAUCUCUGCGAUUUUUAUCAUAAAUUGUCUUGUUGUAAUCAUGUGAUCUGAUUGUAUUUUCCAGAGCUUUUUUCCUAGCCUGGAGUAAAUUAUAUUCUGUCUUCUUCUGCUUUAGCUCAUUUGGUAAAAUUGUUACAUCUGUACCAUAGAGUAGGUAUUUUGGAGCAUACCCUGUAACAGUGUGCUCUGUUUCAUUAUAAUUCUUUACACAGUUGUGUGCUAUAGUUGACCAAGCUAUUUUUGUGUCACAUUCAUUUAUCCUGCACCUGAUUCUAUUGACUAGCGUUUGGUUUAGCCUUUCAUUUAUGCCAUUUGAGAAAGGACAGUUCACUGCAGUAAAAAUUAAUGAAAUAUUCUUUUCAUCCAAAAAAUUCUUGAAUUCCUUUGAAUUGAUCCCUGGGUAUUGGUCUGAGAGUAUCAAUUCAAUCUCAUCCUUUUCUGCACAGUUUCUUAUCAGUUUGAUGAAAUCAUUUGCAUUUUGAGUGCUUGAUGUUAAAAUAUAUGCAUACCUAGUAAAGUGGUCUGAUAGCAAGUGUAAGUAUCUCUUUGUUGAUCUAGAACCGCCAAAACCUCCAAUGGUAUCAAUAGAGCAUAUCUGAAAAGGUUUUGUCGCAGGACCCAAGUGGGACAUCAAUCCAUAUUUAUUUUGCCCUCUUGAUUUAUUUUUUAAACAUACUAUACAAUUUUCACAGAUACUUUUUAUGUUUUUUGACAUGUUUUCUGCUGUAUACACUGAGCUUAUCAUUCUUUGCAUCUGUUUAAUUCCUAUGUGACCAAGAUCUGUAUGGACAUUUUUCAUAAAUUCUAAGCUGAAUUUCUCAGAUAUAAUUAUUUUUUCUUUUUUGUUUACUUUCUUGUAAUAAACAUUGUUCCUUAUUUGUAACCUAUCUUUUCUGCACUGUAUAUAUUCAUUGUUCAUUUGAUCUUUAAGGAUGUCUUCUAGUGUUAUUGUGUUAACUACUUUUAGCUGUUCCUCUUGGUUUUCAUGGGGUUCGAGGACUGGAUUCCUACUCAGGCAAUCAGCUUCAAUGUUAUAUUUUCCGGGAGAAUAUUUAAUUUGGAAAUCAUAUUGUGAUAAGUAGUAUGACAGAUCACCUAAUUCUUCAUCUGUUCUACACCUUAUGUUCAUAUUCUCCAGUGGCUUGUGAUCCGAAAAGACAGUAAAUUUCCUACCUAUCAAUAGAUGUUGCCAGUAUUUUACACAUUCUUUAAUUGCCAGGCAUUCCAGAUAAACAGCUUUCUUUCUUUUUUGUACUUCAUUUAAUUUCUUUGAGAAGUAUGCUACUGGUUUCUCUUCGCUGUUUUCUUGUGGUUGUUUUAGGACAGCUCCCACUCCUAGUAUACUAGCAUCUGUGUAUAUGUGAAUAGGUAAGUUUGGAUCAAAGAUUGUUAAUAUUGGUUGAGAACACAAUAAUUGUUUCAUUUCUUCAAAUGAUUUUUGGCAUGACUUAGUCCAGUUAAAAGGUUGUCCUUUUCUCAAAAGGUUAUGCAAUGGUUCUAAUUUUAUUGCUAUAUUUGGCACAUACUUAUGGUAGAAAUUUAUUUUUCCCAAAAAUUGUCUCACAUUUUUUUGAGUUUUUGGGGCUGGAAAAUCUCUUAUUGAUAUUAAGUUAUCUUUUAGUGGCCUGACUGAGUUAUUCUGUAUUAUAUGACCCAAGUAUUUAACUGAGUCUGCUGCAAAUGUGCAUUUAGAGAAUUUUAGUUUUAAGCCUUCACUUUUAAUUGCUUGAAAUAGUUGUUUUAGGUGCCUGACAUGAUCCGAGAAAGAUUUUGAGAAUAGCAAAAUAUCAUCGAUGUAACAAACCGUGAACUCUGUUAGCUUAUGCUUUCGUAUAAUAUUACACAUUAUCCUCUGGAAAAUGGCUGGAGAAGUUUUUAAUCCGAAUGGUAAGCAGGUCCAUUGGUAGUGACCUUCUUGUGUCACAAAUGCAGUUUUGUGUCUAUCUGAAACACGCAAAGGUAUAGACGAAAAUGCUGAAUUUAAGUCAAGUGUUGAAAAAUAUUUGCAAUCUCUUGUUUUUAUUAUGAGGUCCUCAAUAAGUGGAAAUGGCUGUGAUUGAGGUACCACUAUUUUAUUUAAGUCUCGAAAAUCUAUGCACAAUCUUGAUCUUCUGUUUUCAUCUCUUUUAAAUGCUAACGUGACUGGUGCUGCAAAUGGGCUAUACGAUUCUUCUAUUAUAUUUUUUUCUAAUAAUUUUGCUACUUGAUUCUCAAUUUCUUUCUUGUCUUCCAUUGUGCAACGAUAUGGCCUUUUACUGCAAUAUUUUUCUACUAGGAGAUCAAUGUGUGCUUCAUAAUCAGUUACCUUUCCUAUGUCAUAUUUGUCCUUUGCGAACACUGUGUUAUAUUUGGAUAUUAAUUCAUCAAUUAAUGCUUUUUCCUGAUAGUCCAGGUGGUUAAUACAAAUUUUGAAGUUUUCUUCAUUGAGGUCUUCAUUGAAGUUUACUAAAUUUUUUAUUUCCUUAAAAUCCAUACUUCUUUUAUUGACUUCCUUAGAAUCAAUUUCAUCUCUUUGUAUUGGUAUUUUCUGACUAAUUUCCAAGUUUUCAUUUUGGACUAGAUAAAAUUCCUUUAUGCAGUCUAGUCCCACCAAAAAAUCAUAAUCAAAAUUUUCUUUGUCUAUUACAAAAAUAUUCAUUUUCUUUUUCAAAUCAAAUAUGGCAACAUCAAGAGUAAUCAUUCCAUUUGCCUUUUUGACGCCAUUAAUCGUUUUUAAAUUAGUUUUGUUGGAGAGACCGGUUUCCUCAUUUUUUAUCUUUAAUAAUUUUGAGUUUAUCAAUGAGACGUUUGACCCCGAGUCAUAGAUUCCAAAUACUUCAACAUUUUCAUUGAGUACUAAUUUUAUUUUGAUCAAUGGCGGCACUAUUAGUUUUUUUGGUCUUCACAUUGUAAUUCACAUUCUAAUUCUGAAUUGUUUAUAAGUUUUAUUUGCUUUUUAUCCUUUUCAAUAUUUGUUUUUUGUUUAAACCAACAGGAAUCUUCUGAAUGAUAGCGUAUGCCUUUAUUUAAUUUUUCACAUAUGCUGCAUUUUUCUUUAAUUGGCUUUGUAUCUUCUUUUUUCUUGAAUAUAUAUUUUUUUCUUGUGACCAGAUGUUCUAAUUUGCCGAGUUCGUUGAAUAAAUUGCUUGUAUGUAUAAUUUCUUCUUUGUUAAGUUUGUCUGUUAUAUAAUCCGGUAAGCCUGCAGCAAUUAUGUCAAUUAGGGUUCCUUCAUCUAUUGUUUUCCUUAUUUCGAGCAAAAGUUUUUCCUUUUUCACUGCAUACUCUAGUAAAGAUCCUGAUUGAUACUUGAAUGAUAAAGCAUACUUGCUAGAUGCCCAACCCUUAUUGGCAUAGGUUUGCAAGAAACUUGAUUUCCAUUGUGACCAUUCGGAGUGUAAACUAAGCUUUAUCAUCAUGGAAGAAUACCAGUCAGUGCAUGAUUUUUCUAGAAAUAGUCGGAACGUUUCAAUUUUUUCUUCAUCUUUUAGUAUGUCAAACCUUGCACAUUCGUUUUCAAAUACAUUCAUCCAUUGAUUUGCAUUUGUGUUUUUUCCGUCAAACUUUUCAAUUACAAAUCUCUCCGCUAACUUUUUUACACUUUUCUUUUCCUUGCUUUGUUGACCUUCAACUAAUUUUUCUAAAAUUUUCACGACAGGAUCUUCGGAAUACUUUUUACUCACACAAGAUAGUUGUUCCUGGGUAGUUUCCUCUAGAAAUUGGUCCUGGAAAAUCAUGUUGCUGUCCUCAUCGACAUAUGUUUUUAAAAUAUCCUCUGUAGUUUUUAUCCAAACAUUUCUGGUUUGAUAUCUUUUUUUUAACGUAUUUUUCACAGUGGCGAAGCUUUUCGAGGCUUGGAUAUGUUUGUGAAGCGAUACUGCUUGAUAUUCUUCAGGAAUUAAGUAAAUUUUGUCGUCUUGCGUGGCAAUUGAUGUUAUGUUUGUAUUUGUAUUUUUUAAGAUUGUAUUCUUUUUAUAAUAUGUAUUUUUAUGUAAUUCGAAUUUUAUGUUUAUUUUUAAGUGAAUUAAAUACAAUUAUAUAUUGAUAUUAGGUACUUAACACACGUCAAUAAUAAAUGGUUAUAGUAUUUUAAUAUGGUACCAAUGUUUGUUAUAUUAUUUACUUAUAAGUGAUUCUUUGAUAGAAAGCACCAAAAUGUUCAGUAUUAGCUAAGUAAGAUUUUCUAUAUAAGGUCCCUGUUAACAGCUGAUCACGCGAAAGCAUGCGUGCACGAAAUUUUAUUGUUUUGUGAUAAAAAUGAAACUAAUGAGCAUACAAAAAAAUCUCUUUGGAAAAGAUUGUAAUCAUGAGUACAAUCACGUGUAUAAAUAUCGUUGACUAAUUACCAGUUACCUUAUAUACAUAAUUAUGAUAUUUUAUUAAUUAUAAUAUACUUAGUUUUAAGUAAAAGAAGAGAUUCUUCUCCACUAUAAUGUAAAAUACAUACGUAAAUUAAAGAUAAAUCGUACUUAUAAAAUAUGUACAUAUUGUAAAGUAAUGAAGUUAUUAAAUAAUUAUAUUGUUGUUUAUUUUAUUAUUACAAUGCAAUUUGCAGCU